CAGGGCAGCGGCCGUCCACUCCGCAGCAUCACCAACAGCCGCUUGUAGUUUCCAAGCUCAGAGUAGCUGUGUGAGCCACCACUGUCAGUCUGAGAAGCCGGAACCCUCAGGAGCCUAUCUCGCAUGGCGGGCCAACCCCCCAAAAAAUAUCUCAACUGCUUUUCUGCUA